AUAGGUACAUAGUUUACGUAAUAUUAAUAUAAACUAAACAUAAUAAAAUUUAAGAUAUGAAUUACGAAAAAAAAAUCUUACGCGCAUGGCAGUGUUUAAUGAUUUUAUUUUAAAAUUGCCAUGCUUAAAAAGUUAAACAAAGCAGAGAAAAGCAGCAAGCCGCCAUAGCAAUAGCACCUUCUGAAUUUUCUGAUUUCAGUCUCUUUGAGCUUUGAUUUUAAGCUAGGUUCAUUACAUAUAAAUAUCUAAGUUAUAAUUUUAAAAUUUGAGCUGAACCUGGAGCCUAAGUCACACAACAUACCCCUUUCUAGGUAUUAAUGCCUUAAUCUUUGUGUUUAUAUUAAAUAGUCACAUCUCAAAAUGCCUAAAAACAUAACUAGUGAAGUGCGCGAAAUAAUAUUAAAAGUGAAAGAGUUUAUGGACGAAGAGAAACGAAUGCAAGUUCCUAUAAUUCCUCUGAGUAAAGUUUAUGUUCGAGUUUCGGCCGCCACAGGUGUUUCAGAGCGCACCGUUCUUAACAUCGCGAGGGAAGCACGACUAGUGGAACAAGGCCUCUUAGACCCUGAAACUUUAAAAAAGAGUCCAAAAAAAAGAGUACGAACUAAAGGUAAAAUUGAAGUUGAUGAGUAUGAUUUGCAAGUAAUCAGAAGAAAGAUUCACGAAUUCUAUGCUUUCAAAAAAGAAGUUCCAACUAUUAACAAGUUGCUACAAAUUUUAAAGGAAGAAAUAAAUUUCAAAGGUUCUAGAGAAACCUUACGUAAGAUACUCCGUAAGAAUGGUUUCCAGUUCAGAAAAACGAAGAACAAUAAAGACAAAGAACAAGCACCUCAGCAGCCCACAUCAGUACCUCCUAUGGUACCGCCAUACAUUCAUACUAUGUUCAGUCAUAAGUCCAUACAAUCAUAGAUAUAAGUUAAAUCAGUUUAGAUUAAGAUUGAAGACUUGAGAAUCUAAGCUCUUAAGUACUUUAUAAAAAUCAUCCCUCACUAGAGUAUAACUGUACAGUUCAAUAAUUUGUUAAUAAAAGGCAUGUAUUUAACGCGGCGACAAACUAAUCUCGUUUAGGAUUUUAAAAAUAAUUAAAACGGGUAGCAAAAAUAAUGGGUUAGGCAGCUACAGUAAAUUUUUUGGUGAAGCAACUGAAUUUAUUGUUAAGCGACAACUUGGCGGCGAAUAUAAAGUAGAGAAUAGGCCUUUAUAUAUUAUACAAUGAGAUUUUUUAUAAAAUUAACUGAGAUGAGAAUAAAAUAUGCACAUAGUUAUAAAAAACAUACUCUUUGCGACAUUUUAUAGGGUCUAAAUAAUGCAAAUUGCGGCAUGCAAAAAAUAUUAUUGGUCUAUACUAUUAUUUUUUUUAAUGGUAAACAGUAAAAGGCACAAAAGUAGAACAAUUAUCUUUAUUUAUUUAUGAAACAUUAUAAAUGAAAGAAGCUAUAUCAAGGUAGAUAAAAAGUACUACAACUAACAAAAAAAGCUGUUGCAAUAUUAGUGCAGGCUUUGAUUUAGUAGGGCGCCCACGUUUUCUUUUGAGUCCACUCGGAAUCAAUUUUGCCUUUAAAGGUGGAGUGGUUAGUUUUAGCCGUAUGGCUAGACCCAAUAUAUGUUUACAGAUGUAUAUUUUAAAGAAUUGAGGACAAGUGCAUGUGCCUUGCUUCCAUCCUGCAUUAGGUAAUUCGGUUUUCCAAAAUGUGAAGUUUUUCGCAACAACUCAUCAAAUGUAUGCCAUGAUUCAUCGUAUGUCAUGCCCGUAGCCUUAACUUCUUCAUUAGGUACUAAAUAUACUUUUUUAUUACAAUCAGAUAUUAAAGUCUACUUUAACAUUCUGUUUUGCCCAACAAUAUCCUUUUGUCCAUUCUUUUAAUUCAAUAUUAUGAGUUUCUGGGAAUGAAUUUUCAUUGAUAUCAUUAGACCAAUGUGUAACCAUCUCGCUUGCCACAGUAAGGAAUCGUGAUAAGGGAAAAUGUUCCCGCAUCGUAUUAUGAUCUUUGAUUGACUUGUUGAAAGCUUCCAAAGCAUUGUUAGUAGUCGGUGAAGGAGUUGCUGCUCCUCCUAAGAACCAGUUAGGAUUUUUGAUCAGCCAUUCUUGUUCGAAAUAUUUUAUAAAUGAAGUCUUUGAAGCAUGUUUCACAAUAAAAGCUUGUGAUGCAGCAUUGAAAAUUUCCUGUGACGAUGCGUCAUGUAAAGCAUAUAUAUCCUGCAUAAUGUCUUUUCUGUUUUUUUUAUCCACCGUUUGCUCGACUUUUUUCUUAAUAUUUUUUAUGGCGUGCGCCCAACACAUGCGUACCGUGGUAUCAAAACCAAAUACUUCCAAGAAAGCAUUUUUAAUUGCUGGAGCUGCAUCACUCACUAGUACUUUUGGUUUGAAAUCGAGGUCAAACAAAGAGUCAAUCUUCUCCUUUAAACCCCUAAAAACCAUUUCAAAGUCUUCUUGCUUCUCAUUUGUUGAAACUGCUAAACAAAGCGGAUAGAAUUUCCGGUUUUUGUUUGUUGUUCCUACUAUCAAAACAGGGAAACCUUGCCAAAUUAACUUGUAGGUGGCAUCCGCGUGCAAAACAUCAAUAGAACUUGUAAAUUUCAAUACCUUUUUUGUGUCAAAACGAACUUGAAAAUAGGUUGGUCACUCUCCAAUAUCCAGUACUUCAUAAUAAAUGGUUCAUCUUCGUCUUCGGGAAUGUUUUCGUGGUCAUGUAUCCACUUUUCUAAUUCGCCUAACAAAAUAGUAGGUUGCCCAAAUUUAAUUCGCCGUCUGUCACUUAAAUAAUUAUUGAGUUGUAUUUUUGUAGGCAACUUAAUUCCAUCGAUCUUUUGAAGAGCAGCUAAUAUAGCUUUUGGCUUUAAGUGCAGGUCAAAUAGUUUGUUAAUUUCAAUUUUAGUUUGAUCAUUAAUACCGUAAUCGUCUCGUGCCCCAAUGUCAUUAUGAUUAUGAUCAGCUUCCGUACGAUAAACAAAAACACAGUCGGAUCCACAUUCAAACAGAAAAUACAGCGCUGCCGCGCACUGUGGUCCCUUCUUCCGUACUUUGUUACAUCUGUAAAAUCGUUUUUGUCACUCUUCUGUCAUUCGUGUGAAUGUCCGAGACCAAGUUUUUUCUGAAUUCACAAAAUCUGCCUCUUUUAAGUUGGAAAAUUUAUAAUAAAAUACCCAAAGUUUGUUAUGUCCUCGUACACGCUUCGGUUUUGGUUCUUCUUGACCCUCUUGUUCUGAUUCACUUUAGCAAUAAUCCGGUACUCCAUCAUCACAAUUCAUCACACGACUAGGUCCUGCUAACUUCAACUGAUUCAUUUCUGCAUUUAAACGUAGCUUUGAUUCCCAAAAUACGUAAAAAACUAUUUUAGAAAAAGUUUACGAGUGCUUAUGCGCUUGAAUAAUACAAACAAUAACAAGUAGUAGCGAGUCCUGUGACGAUCGCCGUCGUCGCUUCCUAUUGGCUGAUAGCGCGCUCCACCUCCCGCGCCGCGGCCUCCGCUUUGCAACCAACACAUUUGUCGAUUUUUUCAAUACUUUACAAUUCUACAACAAAAAUUCUCAUAUCCUAAUACUUAAAAUUGGGACCCGUUUUAAUUUUUAUAGCUGCUUGAAAUUACUGCCCGAAAGUGUAUUUUUAUAUGGAAGCCAAUAGUUACUACAAUACAAUAUUUGAUAUCCCACUGUUAAUAUUAGCUGCCAAGUCAUUAUUUUUAAUACCUCACAUAUUAUUUCAUUUUUCCUGUUUAAUAUAUUUACUAUCUUAUAGUGGCAGCCGUUAUUUAGUUAUUAUAGAUCUUAUGUUUUGUAGCUCAUUAUAAUAUAAUUGUUGCUAAAAUAUUUAACCACUACCAAAUGAUUUUUUUUGGAACCAUGUAGUUAAUCGCCUAAUAAGUUGUUAGUCGCCUCAUUAAUAAUUUGCCUUAAUAAAAUACUUUAUUUUGUAGUUUAUGAGGGAUAUAAAGCCAUACAUUUUAACAAAAAUCACAUAUGCAUAUGAAACAUACAUACAGAUUUGUUGUGCGUAUCAGUUAAACAAUGUAUGUUUAUUCUUAACAAAUAAAUAUAGGUUAGUGGAAUAGAUUGAGAAAAAUAAGUUAUCAUAAAAUUUAAGGAAAAUGUAUUUCUAUUUUUAAGGCUUUUAGGAUUAUAAUGUAAUUUAACAUUGAACAAAAGUUUAUUUUUUUAGUAAUAUUAUGCCGAUCAAGUAAUCUUCAAGCCAAUCAUCCUCACAGUAUUGUAUAUCCACCAAUGUCUAGUAAUAACAGUGAAAUUUUCCAACAUACCUGCUAAUUGCCUCCAGCUGUAUUGUUUAAAUGGCCAAUUUAAAAAAUUUCAAGUAUUAAUACUAAGUAAGAAUGAUCAUUAAAAUAAUUACCAAAUAA